GUCUCAAACGGAGACCCGGAAAUAAGUCUGUUUAGUACGGAUAAUUACUCCGUUUUGUAAUUGGCGCAUAAGUGACUUCUGGGGUUCAGUGCCAUCCGGUUUGCAGAAUGAAAUAUGUAUUGCUCUUCAAACUGCUCUCCCUACUGACUAUUACCAACCAGCAGGACACAUUUGAAGUCUUGGGUGGUUCAGUCGUUGUUCUUGCAGGAGAGAACACAACGUUGCCAUGUCACCUCAAACCCAACAUCAGUGCCGUAAAGGUAAAGGUGGACUGGACCAAAGUUAUAUCAUCAGAUAAUAUCUCGAAAGUUCAUGUCUAUGAAAACCAGAAGGACGUGGAAGCCGAAGCUGACUCGACAUACCGAGGACGGACGUCCCUUUUCAGAGAAGAACUUCAGAAAGGCAACGUCUCCUUGAAACUGAUUCAAGCUAAACUCUCCGAUCGAGGCCGGUACAGAUGUGGAGUUCAGACAGCAAACUGGUACGAGGAAGCAGAGGUCCAAGUUUCUGUCAAAGGUGAGGGAUCUUUGCCGGUGGUUUCCAUUGGAAACCCCAGUGGCUGGGGCCUGGAAGUGUUGUGCCAAUCUACAGGCUGGCACCCCCAACCUGCACUGGUUUGGCUGGACAGUGAAGGGCAGGUACUUCCUGCUGAACACAUAGAGACAUCUAGAGGCCAGGAUGGUCUCUACGACAUAAAAGGACUAGUUGUUGGACAAACCAACCAGAUUACAUGCAGGAUUCAACAGCAGCUCAUUGGCCACAUGUUGCAGACGAAGAUAGAUAUUCCAAGUGAUUUGUUUCCCAAAUUCAAUUAUUCAUUAAUUUUAUGGGUCUUCAUCAGCGCCCUGUUGAUUUCCUUGGUCAUAUUCAUUUUGUAUUGCUUAUACAAGAAGAGAAAGGACACACAACAAGCUCAAUCAUGGGCCAGGUCCGGACAAAAUACUACAUGUAAUGUAUUUUUAAAAAAAUACAGGAGUGAUGAUGAAACAGCUGACUUAAAAGAUGGCAAAAAUGUGAAUCUCAGUUUCAUGCAAUUUGCUAAAUCACAUAUUAUCCAGAAUGAAAAUCUCAAGAAACAAUUAGACUUUUUGAAUACCAGAAAAUUGGAUUACAGCGAUGUGGUCAAAUCUCACAGAACCAUCCAUCUGGAUGCUGACAAUGCACAUGUUGAUCUUGAAGUGAAUGAUAAAGAUGUGCAAAACACUGGACAAACCCCACAGAGCUUAGAACCCAACAAUCUGCAACAUGGAUCUGCAUGUAAUUAUGUCGAAGUGCCCCAAAACACUGUUGAACCCGCAUCAAACAACUAUGAACGUUUCAAGAAAGCUCCCUGUGUUUUGGCAAAGGACGGGUUUUCCUCCGGGGAACAUUAUUUUAUUGUGGAGGUACCAGAGAACGGCUGGAUUGUAGGAGUGGCCAAAGCUUCUAUCAACAAGGAGAAGACUUUAGACUGCACUGUUCAAGAAGGCUGCUGGACUUUGAGGUGCGGGCAGGGGAGGUUAAGUGUGCAUGACGGUACUUUGCUAUCUCUUUCUAUGACAACAGAGACAGAGAAAGUCGGGGUCUUUGUGAAUUAUGAUGAGAGUUUUGUCUCAUUUUAUAAUGUGACCCACCAUGAUGACACCAAUAAGUCAGCUGAUCAUAUCUACACUUAUACAAAUUGUAAAUUUGAAUCGGAAAACGUCCAAAAGGAGAAGGUCUAUCCGUUCUUUGGAAUUGGAAGUUCGAAAACUCUAAACUCCAAACUCAUCAUCAUUGACCCUUUUACCAAUGAUUAGCCCAAAACAUGAUAACCAAGAAAACAGUAAACAACCUCCAUAAGCACUAAAGGGAAAAGCACUAUAUCCAAAAGCAUUUCCCAACACCAAAAAAUAUACCGUCUCGAGCAGAUGGGGGAAAUCCAAUGUCAACCAUGUGUUUGUGUGCAAUAAAGAAAUUGUAUUAUUUCUGAGAACAACAGAACGAUCACCCAAGAAAGAUAUGAGAGGUUUGACUGGAUGCUGUUACUG